AUGUCUGAUACAAAGUAUAAUUCCUCUCUUUAUGAAGGAAAUCUCAAAUUAAAUCAUGAAGUGAUAAAUAAUUCUAAUACAAAACAGCUUUAUUCAUUUACCAAAGCAAAAAGAUUCAUAUACUAAAAACCAGCUUGUGCUUAAGCAUUUUAUGAUCUUCCUAAUGUAAAAGACAAAAGAUCAGCAUUAAUGGGAUCAGGAUAAAAAGUUCCAAUUUCAAAUGCUGAUAAAACUAUUCCAAGCCCUUAAGACUAUAUUAUAAAAUCAUACUUCGAAGAUUCACUAUAAAAAUAGAGAGGAGUUAGCUUUAAAAAUGGUCGAGAUAAAACAAAAUUUGGAAAUAUGUUUAACAAUCAAGGAGCUCCAGGCGUGGGACAAUAUUUAAUCAAAUCUGACUUUGAAAAAUUAGCAAAUAAAGGAUACACUAUGAUGUCGAAGAACUAAACUUAAUCCAUGUGGAACAUCAAAGCACCAUAUCCAGGACCUGGAUCAUACAAUUAAAUAAACCCAAUAGACCCAAAAUAAAUAGUACUCUCUACAAUGAAAAAGUAUUAAGGUUAUGCCAUACCUCAUUCUAAAAGAUUCUCUAAUUAAAGAUGUUCCACUCCUGGACCUGGAUAAUAUAAUGAUGAAAAACAAAAAUAAGUUGGAUAAUAUAUAAACUCAAGAUAAAGAAGUAUUUCAGGAACAAGAUUUACUACUGAAAAUAGAAAUGUAUUUUAAAUUUCUAAAUAGCCAAUGCCUGGACCAGGUUCAUAUAGAGUUUAUACAGAAUUUGGUGAUGGAGAUUACGAUAGACCAAAAUCAUAAUUUAGAAUGAGGAGAACUUAUUCUACUCCUAGUGUUUAAGCAACAUAAUGA